GACUGUCUCGCAUGUGGUGCUCCUCGACUCGAGUUUUAGCUUCUCGGCCAUAUUUGCCGUUCAUCAAAGGAUAGCCGCUUCCCCAUUCGAUCCACUUAUCAGUCGUGGAGUCAGGAUUAUAGAAAAGACAUCUUGAGAAAUCGUUGAAGAGACGUUUCGACCUCGGAGCCUUGUUGGUCAAGAUGAUUUCAAUCUUGUUCUGCCAACCAUUCAUACGGCAUCUUUGCCCAUUUUCAUGAAACAGGGUGAUUCCGUUGUUAAAAAUUGUAAUGGUAUGCAAUAUGCACAAGAUGUACGACCGGUUUGUAGGAGGCGGCUCAUUUCUGACCAACUUUACCGGUAUUUUAACCUUGAACAGGUUCACGUGUGGCUGUUACAUCGGCUCAUGUUCAACAGUCACCGGCUUUCUCUAUUGGAUGUUGUUCAGGCUGUGUCAUCCAGACUAUCCACCCGAUCAGACGGCUGCACACCGCCCAAAGAUUAUGGAUUGGUGUUUGUCAAGAGUACUCUCUUUAAAUCUGAUUAGUUUCUAUUUUACCGGUUCUUUCCGACAAAUUUUGAACGCUAAGAGCCAAAGAUGACACUUUUGCAUGCUGUGGUAUCUUUCAACACUGAUGUUGUCUGGAGUGAAUUUAAAUAUUUUGCAGUGGCCGUCGGCUCUCUUGAUUUCGUUUUUUGUCAGAUCACUUUCGGAUCAAGCUUUUAAAUAUUUGAAUAAUUCAUGAUGGCGAUCGGAGCAGUUGGUUACCCUCCUUUACUUGGCUUUGGCCUUGCAUGCCUUGGGCAUCGCAUACGCCUCCACCACGACGACAAAGAACAUCAGCGCUUUUAUGUCCGAAGUCGCCUACUCUGCGCCGUAACUUAUCUAAACUUGGGACUUGCCGGCCCAUUGAAGACAUUCAUGAGCAUUUGCUAUAUUCAAUACGGAAUUUUCCGCUGCGAGUUCAAAAGAUACCGAGGGCCGAAAUCGUUGUCCAAAAUCACACGUCGAGAUCGAAGAUGCAAUGUUUACCGCCCGAAUGGGCUUCAGGAGUUGCCGAAGUCGUGUGAAGAUAUUCGAAAGAGGAACAAAAAAGCUGUGCUCGGGAACUACGUAGUUUACCCACAGGGCAACCCACACAAGCCUCGUAGAAGGCACUGCAACCCUUACACAUUUCGCGGAUUCAAGUUGCCAAAAUCAUGCAAAGAUAUCAGUAGAUCUAAACGCAAAUGGAAGACCGGGAACAACGUUAUUUAUCCGCUGGGAAGCUGGGGUAAACUAUUGAAUGUCUAUUGUUCUAAGCUCAGGACAUUCGUUACAUUAAAAAAAAAGAACUGGUCAGAGUUCGAGAAGCGUCAUCACAAUGGCGGGACAUGGGACUUCGGCACCAAGGUCACAUUUAAAAAGAUCCAAAUCCGGGUAUCAAAUGAUGGGAAAAUAAAAGUCAUACGAAACGGCAAGAAACCCAAUUUUUUCAAAAUAGAACGGUUUUCCAGCCAUGAAAGAAUGUUGCCUGCAUAUGGAAUGGCGGCCUCAUCCCACCCAAUAUGGAACGGAGACUUCAAAAUCGACUUACGUGGAACUGGUCUUAAAGUGAGUUCCAAGACAAAAUGGAAAGGACAAUGCAAGUCUUCCCGUGGAAAAGUCAGAUCUGCCAAGCACAUGAAUCUGAGGAGGAAGGCAGAUGACUGGAUAACUGGAAAAAUAAGAGGAAGAGAAUGCUAUUUGUUUCCGAGACCAUCGAAAAAUAAUAAAAAAUGGAAACAUAAAGGCAACGUCUACUUGAUUCUUUCCUAAAAUAGCUGUCUGUUUUGAUGGUUGUAUGCAGGGACAUCAUACCUAUCUCGACCACCGAGGUUUUACAUCUCAUCGAUUUAAAUAUCUUCAAAAUGAGCUGAGAUAUAGGCAACACUUGUUAAUCAGGAUGGGAGACGCUCGAUACAGACAUGAAUCGUGAGACGGGUGACCGGGACGGAGGAUGGCGCAAAAUCUCGCACCUGUCCAUGCACUUGUUAUAUAGGUCACCGACCCAGUUAAUCCUCGUUAGAGACAAAAGCCAGUGUUAGCUCAACUAAGCGUUAUCUCCUUCAUUAAAUUUAAAUCGUUAGCAGUAUUAGGACUAAGCGCUAACCUAACUGCUAAAUCGGAUUGAACAGCCGGGUGCGGAGCUCAAACUCUUAAGCAUCUAUGUCUUCGUUUUGGUUCUUUCCUCAGUUGGAGACGAUGAUCGAGUCUUCAUGAGAAUAUAUAUUUGAUUCUACCGAAGGAGGCUGGUUCUGAUAAGCCUUUAUACAAGGUUUUAUAAUAUUAGUAAUACACAUGUAUAAUCACAUACAUUGUGAAAUCCAUAAUGGCCACCAAGAAGACAUCUUGCGAGCGUAUAGAUCGGCACCUGCAGAUAACUGACUGCUCGUCGAUCGACUGCCGGAUCGUUCGCUGGUUGAACUUACUGUGGUUCAUUGGUUUGAUUGCGCCAGCGUUAAGGCCUUGCCACAUUAUACGACUCGAGCUCGACGCGAUUACUAAAGACUCUGUCGGCCAAUCGGGUCGGAUAAUGUGGACAAUUCUACGACCUGUCGUAGGCAGUCGUCAGCGGUCGCAUGACGCAGUAUUACAAGACUGAAUUGGUCCAGUCUCAUGAGACUGAGUCGUAUAUAUAUAGCCAGUCAUGUAUAGUGCGAAUAUCCUUGUGACGCGAAGUCUGGGAAGGGUUGCGACACGAUUUACCUGCGAUAUCCAAUCGGAGCAUUUAAUUUCGUCACAUAAUUACAGUAAUCAUUGCAGACUUCUGGACCCAUGAACGUGAAGACCGUCUCAUUGAGCUUUGGCGCAAAAUCCCUGUUUCAGUUGGCUGAUAAAAUCGUAUAGUGUUAACACUCAAGACUGCCCGGAUGACGAGACUGUCGGGCCGCAACGUGGAGAAUCGUAUAAUGUGGCCAGGGCCGAGUUGCUCAAAACCUGUUUUGUCAUUAACGCUGACGUUAACUGAACUUGACGUUAAGUCUUAGAGCUUAACUGAAGGAGAUAACGCCAAGUUAAGUUAGCGCCAGCGUUAGUGACAAAGUUAUUAUGAAGAGACACGUUUUAUUGGCACAAACCGACUGCAAAGAAUUUCAAGUGUCAUAGCGAAGUAAUCGCCGCACCGUCUCCAUUCAUAUACUAGAAGAUUAUUGAUUUGCUCGAGUUUGACUUGUGAAUCGUUCUCAUUCUUUUCUUCAUUUCUACAUGUUGAAAUGGAUACUAUAGGCAGGAGCCAGUUGUGUCAAUUAAUGUUCGAAAAGUGACUGAUAUAGGUACAUCUCCGGUACGCCAGUACAGUGGCGUUGGGGCCGGGGCUGAGGAGUUUGAUCUUUUCAAUGACUUCGGCUUUGGAUGUACAUGUUCCGUUACUAUCGUCCAGCCUUCUGAAAAUAACUCGUCUGAUCCGUAAAAUUUAAGGCGUCAGAGCACUCAUUGAUGUGUUAAAGGAAUGGGCGGCUUUUUAUUGUAGUAUGUUGGGGUCUUCCUCUGGUUCAUUAGUAAACUAUUUUUCUAAACGUGUUUGAUGCUUUUCCAAUUUUGUGUCAGCUCUUAGAUAGUAGCAAAAUGCGGUAUUCGUAAUUUCUAGUACGCGCAAGUCCUUGCACUAAAGACCUUUCCCGCUACGUGAGUGCAUGCCGAUAUCCGUGUUCAAGACACCCUGCAACGUCAUUUCAAUUUAUCUUCGCAGUUGCGGGGUAAUCAAGCGCCAUCAGCGUGACGCCGAAAAAACGUCAGAGGUAGAUCCAGGGCUCCAGGAAACGCCAGCCUUACUAGUUCAUCGUUCCAUGUGGAACGGGUCGACGCAUGGAGAGCUAACUCGGGCCAAAUCGGAGUCAACACCGGAAAAGCGUGAUAAUUCAGACAGAUUUUGAAUUUUUCAUUUUUUUGUGCAGUUUGUUGGUGGAAACUACUUUUGUAGAAUCGGAUGUGACUGGGCAGCCGACUGCUGGGUAAUAUUGCCCUUAAUAAUGUCAAUAGUCCUUUAAGAAGAGAAAAACAAGGGUGCAAGUACUCUUUAUCCUUCGACCUUGAAAAAGUGUCAGUGAUCAAUAGGGCCGUUUAGACGACAGGAAAAAAGCCACACGGCAUGCGAUCUGAUUGAGUCCGAAUGUGGUUUAAAUUGUUCGCGUCUAAAUGCAAAAUGAUCCGGAUCAAUGUGGUCCCAUCUGGAUAAUGCAGCCGGAUGCGUCCGGAUCAAAAGCGUCGUCUAAACCCAAAUGGAUACCGAAGCCGGAUUCAUUUUACCUGGGCGCACACUAACGUACUGUUUACACCUCUACAAGCAAAAUGUAUUUGAGAGUUCCACAUCUACAUAAAUGCGUCUAGAUGAGACCGCAUUGCGCUGAUCGUCUAAAUGCGCGCAAUUUUUGAGACCUGAAUGUGGUUCGAUCGGAUCAUAUCCGGAUCCGAUUCGAAUGUGUUUUUUUUCGCCUGCCGUCUUAAUGGCCCUAUAAUAUGGUAUAAUAUGUAAA